CUCGUAAAUCCCCUCUCCCGUAAACUUUCCGCUACUUUAAAAACAUUUAGAAAUAAAAACUGCGUAUUUUAACCUUACUACUUCAGUUAAUUACUGAGUUUUCAUCAGAAAAGAGUAAAAAGAAAUUAAACGUGUCUCUAAUAUAAAACAUGGAUAACGAAAGCAGUCAGACAAUUGGGUUAAAAAUAUACGAGACUUUACUGUUUCUAGCAGAGAUAUUAUUGCUUGUUUUGAAAAUUGUAUAUUACAUUUGCAAAGCUGUAUACAGAUUAAUCGUUCCACCGAAGAAGAAAAACGUAGUUGGUGAAAUUGUAUUGAUAACAGGUGCAGGUCAUGGUAUUGGAAAGGAGUUAGCGAUCGGCUAUGCUUUAUUAAGGGCAACAGUUGUAUGUUGGGAUAUCAAUGAAGAAACCAACAACCAGACGAUGGACGAUAUUAAAAAGAUGGGAAUAGAUUCUGUACAUGCGUAUCGAUGUAAUGUAGCAGAUAGGGAAGAAGUCUUCAGGGUAGCAAAGAAAGUAAAAAAAGAAGUGGGUGACGUUACUAUCUUGUUCAACAACGCUGGUAUAGGAUUUGCUAAAUCAUUCCUAAAUCAUAGCUUCGACGAAAUUGCACGAGUCAUAGAUGUCAACCUGAAUGCGCAUUGUUGGACAUUGAAAGCAUUCUUACCAAGUAUGAUCGAAAAAAAUCAUGGUCAUGUUGUGGCACUCUCAUCAAUGGCAGGACUUUUUGGCUUACCUUAUGCAACAAUU